UCCGCGCGGGCCUACGCGAAGGAAUUGGCCAAGGUCGUCGAGAGCAGCGACGUCGUGCUCCAGGUUUUAGACGCGCGCGACCCCCUCGGGUCGCGGAGUUCGCGCGUGGAGAACAUGGUCGCGGGCGCGCCGGGCAAGCGGCUCGUGCUCGUGCUCAACAAGGUCGAUCUGGUCCCCCGCGACGUCGCCACGAAAUGGCUCGACGCGCUCCGGUCCACGGGUUUGGCCGUCGUCGCGUUCAAGGCGGGCACGCAGAAGGGCGGCGCGUCCGGCGUGAACCCGCUGGACAAAUCGCGCGACGCGGCCGUCUGCGACGACGCGCGCGCGCUCACGUCCGCGCUCGGCGUCGACUCGCUGCUCCAACUGCUGAAGAACUACGCGCGCGACGAGUCCGGCGGGCGGCCCGGCGCUCUCGUGGUCGGCGUCGUCGGCUUCCCGAACGCGGGCAAGUCGUCGGUGAUCAAGUCCCUCCGCGACGCGGGGAGCGGAGCCGUGUCGGCGACGCCCGGCUUCACCAAGUCGUUGAAGGAGGUGAAGCUCGACUCGAAGCUCACGCUCAUCGACUCGCCGGGCGUCGUCGGCGUCGCCCACGAGAAGGGCUCGGGCGACGACCGCGCGGACGCGCUCUGCUCGCUGCUGCUGCGCGGCUGCGUCGACGCCGCGGAGCUCCGCGACGCGCCCGCGGCCGCGUGCGCGCUGAUCAAGCGCGCGGACCCCGCGGCCCUCGCCAUGCGCUACGACCUGCCGGCCUUCGACGACCCCCAGCGCUUCCUCGCGGCCGUCGCGAAGAAGACGGGCCGCCUCAAGCGCGGCGGCGUGCCCGACUUCGACAAGGCGGCGACGGAGGUGCUCCGCGACUUCGCGCGCGGCGACGUCAAGUUCUACACGGCGCCCCCG